AUGUCUCAGGUUGAGUUUGACAAAACUGCUGAGGAUGCUAAGCGCCUCAUGACCGAGCCAGCAGAUGAUGAGAUGCUGUUCACCUACAGCCCCUAUGAACAAGGAACUGUGGGUAGCACAAACACAGAGCAGCCUAGGCUGCUGGAUUUCAAAGGCAAGGCCAAGUGGGAUGCCUGGAAUCAGCUGAAAGGGACUUCCAGGGAAGAUGCCAUGAAAGCUUCCAACAACAAAGUAGAAGAUCUAAAGAAAAAGUAUGGGGGCACCUGGGAUGUUCGAGACCAGCGCCAUUUUCUUACCAUGUACUAA